UGAACUUCAGAGACUACAUCAGUCUCUCUACCAGUAUGGAGGAGAGGACUGAUUACAGCCUUUAAUUUCUUCUCCUGUCAGAUUAAUAAAUAUCUGCUUUACUCUCCUUCUAAUCAUCUACAACAACGUUUAAGAUGACCCGUGCUGCGACACAUGCAAGAUCUGCCCUGCUGGAUGGACCCAGUUUGACGGUCACUGUUACAUGUACCGGCAUACCCCAAUGGUCUGGGCUGAUGCAGAGGUUGCCUGCGUUGCCAUCGGUGGGAAUCUGGCAUCGAUCCCAGACAAAGCGGUGUACGAAUUCAUCAGAAGGAUCAUAAACACAUCGACUAACAAAGAUGGAGCAACUUGGGUUGGAGGCAAUGACUCGUCAAAAGAGGGUGUGUGGAUGUGGAGUGAUGGUAGCAAGUUUGAUUUCCAAGGCUGGCCCGUUGGCGAGCCUAACAACGCUGGAAAAGAAGAACAUUGCAUGGAACUGAACCUCAAAGAAAAAGAUUUCCCCAACGACACAAAGUGCUCUUCAGAGAUGCCUUUUGUUUGUCGCAUGCGCCUGUGAGGAUCCCCGCCAUGCGAUUUCAAGUCUACCAGGGUAUCAGGCCUCGAUGAUAUCACUGUGAGAAGACAUAUCAACAUUUUUGAUUUAAAAUGUUGCUGAUAAAAUAAACAGAUACAUCCUGUUCAACAA